AUGGAAUGGGUUCCUCAAGAAUCUGACAUUAAAGGAAUUUUGGAAUUAUUGCACACUUCUCAGUCUAGUGAUACAAAUGUGCAGCGUAGAGUACAGGAGACUUUGAAUUCUCUUAGCAGUUCUCCGGAUUUUAUAAAGUAUCUUACGUUUGUUUUUUCGAAGCUGCAUAGCGAAGAUGAAUAUACCCGUGCCAUGAGCGGCUUGAUGCUAAAAAAUAAUCUAUUGUCUACUUAUCACAAACAUCCUCCUGAGGUUAUUGCUUGCAUCAAAAUGGAGGCUCUAAAUUGCAUGAGUGAUCCUCUCCCUAUGAUUCGCUCGACUGCCGGUACACUUAUAACCACUAUUGUUAGUCUUGGUGGUUUACAGUCUUGGCCUGAAGUCAUACCCCAACUAAUUGAAUGUUUGAACUCCCAAGACCAGUUCCUUCUUCAGGGGGCUUUCGAUGCACUAAAAAAAAUCUGCGAAGACUCGAAGGAGGGUCUUGAAGAUGACCGUCUUUCUGGAACCUUGGAUAUAUUAAUCCCAAAAUUUAUUCAGUUCUUUUCGCACCCUCAGCCGAAGAUAAGGUCUCUUGCAUUAUGCUGUGCUAAUCAGUUUAUCUCGAACCAUUCACGUGUCUUUAUGAAUCAUAUAGAGGAAUUUCUUCAGGCUCUUUUUGCCCUUGCCGAAGAUCCUUGUAAAGAGGUUGUAAAGAAUGCGUGUACGGCGUUCGUCUUACUCGUAGAAGUUCGUGUUGACGUGCUACUGCCUCAUAUGACAAAUAUUAUUGAAUACAUUCUCCUUCGUACACAGGACGUCGACGAAGCUACUGCACUCGAAGCCUGUGAAUUUUGGCUUUCUCUUUCUGAUGUGCCGUUAUGCUUUCAAGUUCUAAGUGGCUAUCUUGAUCGACUUAUUCCGGUGCUAGUUCGUGGAAUGAAGUAUUCAGAAAGUGAUCUUGCUUUGCUUAGCAAUGACCUCGAAGACGAUUCUCACGUCCCAGACAAGGAUAGUGAUAUUCGACCUAGGUUCCACAAAUCGAAGAGUCGAAUGCAAAGUGGUGAAGACGAUGACGAUGAUUAUGAUGACUACGUAAGCAAUUGGACUUUGCGAAAGUGCUCAGCUGCUGCUUUGGACGUACUGGCAAAUGUUUUUCACAGUGAAAUUCUCCAAUACCUCCUUCCAACCACAAAAGAAUACCUUCUUUCACAAGACUGGCAGUAUAGAGAAGCCGCCAUACUUGUCCUUGGAGCAAUCGCCGAGGGUUGCAUGAACGAUAUGGUGCCGUAUCUUCCUGAACUUUGUACCUUUUUUAUCAAAGCACUUGCUGAUCCCAAACCUCUUAUUCGAAGCAUCGCCUGCUGGACCCUUAGUAGAUAUUCCAACUGGAUAGUUGGCCAGCCCCAUGAUCAGUACUUGCGUCCCCUAAUCGGUGAGCUAUUAAAUCGCAUAUUGGACACAAACAAGCGUGUUCAGGAAUCAGCCUGCUCAGCUUUCGCCACACUGGAAGAAGAAGCUGGCACAGAUUUAUUUCCUUACUUGGAUCACAUUCUUCGUACUUUAGUCACGGCGUUGGGCCAAUACCAACACAAGAACCUAAUCAUACUCUAUGACGCAAUUGGCACCUUGGCAGACUCUGUUGGACAUCACUUAAAUAAAAAGGAACAUGAAGAUCUGCUAAUGCCAGCUCUGUUUGCUAAGUGGAACACUUUAAAAGACGACGACAAAGACCUUUUCCCCCUCUUAGAAUGUCUAUCAAGUGUAGCGACAGCGCUUGGUAUCGGCUUUUUGCCGUACUGUGCUCCGGUUUUUAAUCGGUGUGUAGCAUUAGUCGAGAAAACAAUCCAACAAAGCAUAGCCCACACUCAGCAGCCUGAAGUCUUCGAGCGUCCUGAUAAGGAUUUUAUGGUGGUAUCUCUCGAUCUCCUGAGUGGAAUUACUGAAGGGCUCGGUAAUCACAUUGAGCCACUAAUGGCCAACAGUCAUUUGGUAUCAUUGCUCCACCAAUGUGCUCAGGAUCCCCAACCAGAUGUACGGCAAAGCACGUUCGCCCUCCUCGGCGACCUUACCAAGGUUUGUUUCGCUCAUAUCAAGCCCCAAGUGAGCAGCUUCAUGAAUCUCCUCGCUCAAAACCUGUCUUCAGAGAACAUAUCUGUGUGUAACAAUGCCAUUUGGGCCAUCGGAGAGAUCUGCAUGCAAAUGGGUGGAGAUAUGCAGCCCUUCGCCUCCCUGUUUAUUCAGCCGCUUGUGGAAAUCAUUAAUCGACAAAAUGCGCCAAAAACGCUUCAUGAGAACGCAGCCAUCACAAUUGGUCGUCUUGGAUAUGUAUGUCCGCGGGAGAUUUCCUCCUUCCUACCUCUCUUUAUUCGCUCAUGGUAA